AUGACAAAAUAUAUUCAACGCCUUGGACUGGAUGUCGAAUAUGUUCCGACUAAUCCUUUGUCGCAACAACAGCCACCGGCCGCCGAGCUCAACACCCAUACUGAGAUUCUUGCAAAGGGCAGUGUGCAUGGCAAGGGUUCUUUCCCACUGCCUUGCGACAUCAUUGCGGACUAUGACGAGCCUCUCGUCAUGCGCGACGGCGUGAAGCUUUAUGCAGACGUUUACAGACCUCGGGUGGAUGAGAAAGUGCCUGCCAUCAUGGUCUAUACUCCCUAUUGUAAGCGUGGUGGCUGGUGGAACAGCAACCUCAAUCCUGUCAUGUUCGGGGCUGAUCCUGCAUCAUUGUCUGGCCUCCAGGCUUUCGAAUCCCCCGAUCCCGGUUGGUGGUGCGAUCAAGACUACGCCGUUGUCUAUGUCGAUGCCGCCGGCACAUCUCAUUCGGAAGGUGAUCAGCCAUUCAUGGGGACUGAGCUUGCUGAACGCGGCUAUGAUGCGAUUGGAGAGAUCGCCAAGAUGGAGUGGUGCACUGGAGCUGUCGCCAUGUCUGGAAAUUCGCAGCUUGCCAUGGCGCAAUGGGCUAUUGCAGCGCUGAGUCCGCCUCAUCUCAAAGCAAUUGCUCCGUGGGAAGGCUUGAUCGAUCUGUACCGGGAGCAGGCCGUGCGCGGUGGUAUCCCUGAUCCCGACUUCCUGGACAAGGCAAUCUUCUGUUUCCUAUUUGGAACCACACGCAGUGACAAUCUGUCGAAGAACUCAAUCCGCCAUCCGCUGCUUGAUGCUUAUUGGGAAGACAAACGUGCUGCGCUUGAGCAGAUUCAGAUCCCUGCCUACGUGGCUGCAAGCUGGACCAGCCCUAUCCAUGGUAAAGGCUCAGUGAGCGCUUUCCGUAGACUCGGGUCAAAGCAGAAAUGGUUGCGAGUACACAACACUCAGGAAUGGCUGGAUAUUGCGGAUCACGAUAACGCUCGUGACUUGAAGCGUUUCUUCGAUCGGUUUUUGAAAGGAAUCGACAACGAUUGGGAAGCAACCUCACCGGUCCGGCUCUCUAUCUUGAACCCCGGCGGUGCUGAUCGUGUUGGCCGUGCUGAAGCUGCAUGGCCACUCGAGCGUCAACGACUUCAGAAGUUCUAUCUCGACGCGUCACAAGGCAAGCUGAUGGUAGAGCCUGUUACGACAGCGGACGUCACUACAUACAACUCGCAAGAUUUGAGCGCAAGUGCUCGCUUCAUCUUUGAGGUCGAGCGCCAAGUCGAGAUUACUGGGUACAUCAACCUUCAUCUAUGGGUCGAGGCUCAGGGAGCAGAUGAUCUCGAUCUGUUCGCUGCGCUUUACAAGGAAGAUGCAGCGGGCAAGCGACUCCACCACAUAGUGCUCAGCGCUCCUGACAAGCGCCAAUGGGUCGCAUCAAUGGCAGAAGACGGCAAAUUGCCAUCGACUUUGUCCUAUACAGGUCCAACCGGCCGUAUGCGUGUUUCUCACCGGGCACUGGAUCCGAAAUUGUCAACUCCAGAGGAGCCGGUACUGGCGCAUCAAGAGGAACAACUUCUGUCGCCUGGGGAGAUCGUCCCUGUGAACUUGACGCUGUGGCCAACAUCGAUGGUUGUCAAUGCCGGUGAGCGAUUAGUUAUCGAGAUUGGCGGACACGAGGUUGGCCCUCUUGCCCCCAAGUCUCCACCACUACCGGGCACUGCGCUUUCCCUGCCUACCCGCAACCGUGGUAUGCAUAGCAUUCAUGCAGGUGGCAAGUACGAUUCCUGGCUUAGUCUACCAAUCAUUCCUUACUAG